UCCUAUGCUGCUUACAUACAAACAUGUGUGGGCAGUUCAUUCUACAGAGGCGGGAAAGAGGGUUUCUGGGUCGCGCGAUGGGGUGCGCAGGUCUGGAGAUGGAGCGCGAUUGAUCCAUCGCGGGAGGCUGCGAGAGUGAGUGUGGCGGCGAGAGACCCCGAGUGACUCAGCAGGGGCACCGUUGGAGUAUGACCAAGUGCAUCAACAGCAACGAGCCCCGCUGAGAAAAGCGCCCUGUGAAGAUUGGCCCUCCGCCCUCGAAGAAGAAACCGCUCCUGAAAAGACUUACGCAGGAGGGAGCUAGAACAAGUUCUCUGACACAAUGCCCGCGAUUCCGGGUUUAAAUAUGUCGGCCAUCGGUCCGGUGGUAGGCACCCUUUGGGAAACGGCCAAGUCCAAAAUCCCAAGCAAGUGCAAGGAGAUGGCCGGCGGGGGCGGCUCUCAAGCCGCCCCUAACGAGAACACCAAUUUUGCUAAGUUUGGGGGCGGAGGGCCACAGCAGAAAGGCGCGGGGUCCCACGAGAUGAGCGACUUCAACCGCGGAAGGGCAGCCAGCACGGCCAGCAGCGACGACUUCUGCGGGGGUGAAUCCAGCCACAAAGGCCCUGAUUUUAAGAUCAACGAGUGGCAAGCCGCUUGGAACGUUACCAACGCCAUCCAGGGCAUGUUCAUCGUGUCUCUCCCGUUCGCUGUGCGGCAGGGCGGCUACUGGGCCAUUGCAGCCAUGAUCGGCAUCGCUCACAUUUGUUGUUACACCGGGAAAAUCCUUGUUGAUUGUCUCUACGAAGAAGUGGACGUGUACGAAGGCGAGGAGAAUGGACCAGCACCACCAAGGCCACCACCUCCGACGCGUCCAGAAAACAUUUCCUGGGAGGACGAAAGCAAAUACCAAUCGACAGACUUCUGGGACCAGCCCGCCGGUUACCAACAACAGCAGGGUGUGACUUUUGAAGACGAGCAGUUCAAGUCGAACAAUCCAAACAACCCUUUCUACCAAGCCAUGGCCGAAGAGCAACAGCAGCAGCAGCCACCGCCGCAACCUGAACCUCUGGAAGGCGCGAUUCAACCGGCGCUCCCUAACAACGGCGUCCCGAGGGGCCGACUUUUGGGCAAGCGAAAAGUUCGGGUGCGCGACAGCUAUGUGGCCAUCGCAAGGGACUGCCUUGGGCCCAAGUGGGGCAAGCGGAUGGUUCACUGCGCCCAACUCAUCGAACUUCUGAUGACGUGCAUCCUGUACGUGGUCGUCUGCGGAGAUUUGAUGGUGGGCACCUUUCCCGAGGGACCCAUCGACACGCGCUCCUGGAUGAUGAUUUGCGGCAUCCUUCUGAUCCCGCUGGCAUUCCUCAAGAGUCUGCACGCGGUGUCCGUCUUGAGUUUCUGGUGCACCAUGUCCCACUUGUUCAUCAACGCCAUUAUUCUCGGUUACUGCCUCCUGGAACUGCCAGAUUGGGGCUGGGGCAAGGUCAAGUGGACCCUCGACCUCGAGAAGUUUCCCAUCUCCCUGGGAGUAAUCGUGUUCAGCUACACUUCGCAGAUCUUCUUGCCGACUCUUGAGGGCAGCAUGCAGGACCCCUCCAAGUUCAGAACCAUGCUCGACUGGAGCCACAUCGCCGCCGCUAUCUUCAAGUCGCUUUUCGGAUACAUGUGCUUCCUCACUUUCCAAAGUGACACACAACAAGUGAUUACCAACAACUUGCACUCUGCCGGCUUCAAAGGCCUCGUCAAUAUCUUCCUCGUGGUUAAAGCCAUUCUCUCAUAUCCACUGCCAUUUUACGCUGCGUGCCAACUUCUGGAGAGAGCGAUGUUCAGAGGCAAACCAAAAACUUACUUCCCUUCGGUCUGGGAGCUUGAUGGAGAAUUAAAGGUAUGGGGUCUUGCGUUCAGAGUAGGUGUCAUCGUUGGCACAGUUCUGAUGGCCAUUUCCAUCCCACACUUUGCAACUCUGAUGGGCUUUAUUGGCAGUUUCACGGGCACAAUGCUGUCCUUCAUUUGGCCGUGUUAUUUCCACAUAAUUUUGAAGGGCCACGAAUUGGACGAUAAGACCAAAUACUUUAACUACUUCAUCAUUUUCCUUGGAUUUUUAUUUGGAAUCAUCGGCAUUUGGGAUUCGGGGUCUGAACUGAUCAGAGCCUUUUCCAUAAAUUUGCCUUUCUAAAAAGGCAAAGGAAUCUUGCAAACAAGCAUAGACGGCAACACUUUCUUGAUACGGGCUUUAUUAAAUUAUUUUGAGGUUCUAUAUCUUUGGAACUGUGAUAGCUCGGAAAUUUAUUUCUGGAUUUAUAAGCCAUGCAUCAAUAUAAUUACAAAAAUUCAGUUUUAUUGAAAUCUCUCACAAAAUGUGUAAAAUUUUGAAAAAAAAAGAA